AGCUGCGUUUUUCCCCGAUGGAUUCACGGGCUAACCCAGUAGCUGGUGCAAUGUCAUCGCCUCGCUAGCAGACCGAGGGUGAGAGGGUGAAGGGGGGGGGUCACGAGCACCGGGCGCCCGACGUCCUUCACGGAAGCUGGCAGAGCCUCCACGCCGUCGGUGAAGGAAGAAACCCCGCAGCGAUGCGUCGCUCUUCGGGUUAAGACGGAUAAAAAAGGAGGAAUUGUUUUUCACUUGGAGAGGAGCUCGGGGAAACCUGCUGUUUUCUUUUUUGAGAAGGCUGACUGGACUGGGUCCUGCGCACCGCUCAAAAAAUGGCCAUCGCGCGCCAAUUUGGACUGCUGUUGUGGAAGAACUACCUUCAGCAGAAACGUCAAAUCCUGGUAACUCUGGUGGAGAUACUCCUGCCCCUGCUCUUCUCUGGCAUCCUCAUCGUGCUACGUCAAAAGGUUCCUUUUAAGGACUACCCGAAUGCCACGCUCUAUAAGAGCUAUGCCGUUGACGAGCUUCCCGGAGUCCCCUCGCACUUGCCGCUCGCCUAUGUGCCCGGUAACUCCAGCGCGGUGCGUCGGGUGGCCGAGGGUGUGCAAGGCAGCCUGAACAUUUCCUCAGUGUUCAGAUUUGAGACGGAGGAGAAGUUUGAGGACUACGUGAGAAACAACUCCAGCUCAGGAAGUAUACUGGCUGCCGUGGUGUUUGAGCACCCUUUCACCCACGAAGAUGAACCUCUGCCCCUAAAGGUGAGCUACCACCUGCGUUUCAGCUUCACCCCACGCAACGCCCCCUUCGCUGAGAAGAUGGAGCUGAACCCAAACAGUGACCUGGACUGGCACACGCUCAGCCUCUUCCCCCUCUUUCUGCUGCCAGGACCGCGGGAGCAGUAUGACAAGGAGGGGGGCACGCCUGGUUAUUUUCGAGAGGGUUUCCUGGCCGUGCAGCAUGCAGUGGACCGAGCCAUCAUGCGAUCGCACACCAACGAGUCCGCUGCCUCUCUGCUGCCUCGGAUCCGCGUGGUCCUGUCGCGGUUUCCUUACCCCGCGUAUAUCUACGACGUCUUCAUCCUGGCCAUCCAGAACCAGCUGCCCCUGCUGCUGGUGCUCAGCUUUACCUACACCUCCCUCAACAUAGUGCGCUCUGUGGUGCAGGAGAAGGAAAGGAAGCUCAAGGAGUACAUGAGGAUGAUGGGUCUCAGCAACUGGCUCCACUGGAGCGCCUGGUUCCUCCUGUUCUUCCUCUUCCUCACCAUCUCAGUCUUUUUUGUCACUCUGCUCCUUUGUAUCCAUGUGAAACCUUAUGGAGCAGUGCUGUCCCGCAGUGACCCCACGCUGGUCUUCGUCUUCCUGCUCGUCUUCACUGUGGCCACCAUCAACUUCAGCUUCAUGAUCAGUGCCUUCUUCUCUCGAGCCAAUGUGGCGGCGGCGGCGGGCGGCUUCAUCUAUUUCCUGAGCUACCUGCCGUAUUUGUUCCUGUGGCCACGCUACGACCUGCUGACUCACGCCCAGAAGGUGUCGGCCUGCCUCGUCUCCAACGUGGCCAUGGCCAUGGGCGCUCAGCUCAUAGGAAUGUUUGAAGGCAAAGGAACGGGGAUCCAGUGGUCCAACUUGUUUGACUCUGUGACGGUGGAUGAUGACUUCUCCAUGGCGCAGGUGCUGUGCUUGCUGCUGUUUGACUCUCUGCUCUACGGCCUGGUGGCCUGGUACGUGGAGGCCGUGUUUCCUGGAGAGUACGGAGUGCCUCUGCCCUCUUACUUCUUCGUAUUGCCUUCAUACUGGUGCAGCAGCCCCCGCAUGGCGCUGGUGAAUGAGAAGGAGGAAGAAGAGGAUGCAGAAAAGGCUCUGAAAGGGGAGUUUAUAGAGGAGGAGCCAGCUGGACUAAUCUCCGGGAUCAAGAUUAAACACCUCGCUAAGGAAUUCAAAGUGGGCAACAAGACGCGGCAGGCUGUGCGGGAUCUCACGGUGAACAUGUUUGAGGGCCAGAUCACGGUGCUGCUGGGACACAACGGUGCCGGAAAGACCACGACACUGUCCAUGCUGACGGGGCUGUUUCCUCCCACCAGUGGCAGAGCCUACAUCAACGGUUACGACAUCUGUCAGGACAUGGCUCUGAUCCGCCGCAGUCUGGGACUCUGUCCCCAGCACGACGUGCUGUUUGAUAACCUCACGGUCCGAGAGCACCUCCUCUUCUACGCUCAGCUGAAAGGCUUCUCCAAAGACAAGAUUCCAGAUGAGGUGGACCGGAUCAUCCGGAUCCUGAACCUUGAGGACAAGCGGCAUGCUCGCUCCAAGACCCUCUCUGGUGGCAUGAAGAGAAAACUCUCUAUUGGCAUUGCCCUCAUCGGGGACUCCAAGGUGGUGAUGUUGGACGAGCCCACAUCAGGUAUGGACCCAUCGGCCCGGCGUGCCACCUGGGACCUCCUGCAAGGGGAGAAGCGCGGUCGCACCAUCCUGCUCACCACGCAUUUUAUGGACGAGGCCGACCUGCUCGGCGACCGCAUCACCAUCAUGGCAGGAGGGGAGCUGCAGUGCAUUGGGUCGCCGCUCUUCCUCAAGAACAAAUAUGGUGCUGGCUACCACAUGGUGAUCGUAAAGGACGCUCUAUGCAACGUGUCCGAGAUCACCCGCAUUGUCCACAUGUAUGUUCCGAAUGCCACCGUGGAGAGCACUGCGGGGGCGGAGCUCUCUUACAUCCUGCCCAAAGAAAGCACCGGCAGGUUUGAGCUGCUGUUCGCUGAGCUGGAGAUGAACAGAGAGGAGCUGGGCAUCGCCAGCUACGGAGCUUCAGUGACCACGAUGGAGGAGGUUUUCCUCAGGGUGGGAAAGCUGGUGGAUUCCAGUCUGGACAUCCAGGCGAUGCAGCUGCCGGCCCUGCAGUACCAACACGAGAGACGCUCCAAUGACUGGACCACAGAUGACGCCAGCAGCAUCAGCGGCAUGACCGAUGUCACGGACUUCACCGACAGCGGCACGCUCAUUUCAGAGGACUGCUCCAACAUCAAGCUGAACACCGGGGCCAGGCUACACCUGCAACAGUUCUACGCCAUGUUCCUGAAGAGGGCGCUGUACAGCUGGAGGAACUGGAAGGUGAUGGUGGCGCAGUUCCUCAUCCCUUUACUCUUCACCGUUUUGGCCUUAUUUGUGGCCCGCUCCUUUCCCAAUCACCAGGACGCUCCUCAACUGAGGCUGGCACUCAGGCGCUAUGGCUCCACCAGGGUGCCCGUGGCUCUGCCGCCCGGGGCGGGUCCCCUGGCUGCUGCCCUGGCCAAUGCAUACAGUUCACAGCUCUCUGCUCAGCUUGGCGAGCUCGUCAACGUCACGGAUUUCACUAACUACAUCCUGACCCAGGCGGAGGAGGAAGGCGGCAGCUUUAACGAGCGCUGUGUGGUGGGCGCUGCUUUCCGCGGCAGCGCCGGCGGCCAACUCGUAAAAGCAACGGCCUACUUCAACAACGAGGGCUACCAUACGCCCGCCACAGCCCUCAUGAUGGUGGACAACGCUCUGUUCAAGCUUCUAGCGGGGCCGAAUGCUUCCAUCCAGACGGGGAAUCACCCGAUGCCACGCAACCUGUCUGAGGCGGCCCACAGCCAGCUCAUGGAGGGAAAGACGGGUUUCAUCAUCGCUAUAAACAUAAUGUACGGCAUGGCCUCCCUGUCCAGCACAUUUGCCCUUCUGCUCGUAACCGAGUCCUCGAUCAAGUCCAAGCAUGUGCAGAAGGUCAGCGGCGUCUACCUGUCAAACUUCUGGUUCUCUGCGCUCCUGUGGGACCUGGUCAACUUCCUGCUGCCAUGUCUCCUCAUGCUGGUGUUGUUUCAGGCAUUCGGAGUCAAGGCUUUUGUAGACAACAACCACCUGGUGGAUGUGUUGCUAUUACUGCUGCUGUAUGGCUGGGCCGUUGUGCCUCUUAUGUACCUACUCAGCUUCCUCUUCUCCAAUGCCGCUUCUGCCUACACACGCCUUACCAUCUUCAACAUGAUCUCUGGCACGGCCACCUUUCUGGCUGUCACCAUCAUGGCCAUCCCAGAGUUGAAUCUCAAGCACAUGUCGCACUUGCUGGAUAAGGUAUUCCUGAUCUUUCCAAACUAUUGCCUGGGCAUGGCCUUCAGCCAGUUCUACCAGAACUACGAAUUCGUCUCAUUUUGCCCCUCCAGUCCAUGGAGCGAAGUCUUUUGCAAUCUCUUUAACAUCACAUACCAGACGAACUACUUCUCGAUGUCGGAGCCCGGUGUGGGGCGCUUCCUCGUGGCCUUGUCGAUGCAGGGCGUGGUCUACAUCGUUCUGCUGUUCGUCAUCGAGCUGCAGUGUGUCCACACUCUCCGGCGCCUCCUCACCUCCUUGGGGAAAAGACGCAAGCAGUUGCCUCUAAUGGAGGAUGCAGCUCUGCUUCCAGAGGACAGGGAUGUGGCUGAAGAGAGGAAGAGGGUCCUGGAGUGCCAGCCAGUGGUCGAGUCGAUGGUGGGCAGCCCCCUCGUACUGCAGGAGCUCAGCAAGGUGUACGGCAGCGGUGGGAACAUCCUGGCGGUGGACAGGCUGUCUCUAGCCGUCGGGAAGGGGGAGUGCUUCGGCCUCCUGGGCUUCAAUGGAGCCGGCAAGACCACCACCUUUAAGAUGCUGACAUGCGAUGAGAGCGUCACCUCCGGGGACGCCUACAUUGACGGCUACAGCAUCUUGAGGGACGUAAAAAAGGUGCAGCAGCGCAUCGGUUACUGCCCACAGUUCGACGCCUUGUUGGACCACAUGACGGGAAGAGAAACUCUGAGCAUGUAUUCCAGACUCCGAGGAAUACCGGAGAAGUACGUGUCUGGCUGCGUGGAGAAUGUCCUGAGGUCGCUGCUGCUGGAGCCUCAUGCUGAGAAACUGGUCCGCAGCUACAGUGGCGGUAACAAGCGGAAGCUGAGCGCAGGCAUUGCUCUGAUUGGUGGGCCUCCGGUCAUCUUCCUGGAUGAGCCUUCGACCGGGAUGGACCCAGUGGCCAGGAGACUUCUGUGGGACGCCGUUACGCGCACACGAGAGUCUGGAAAGGCCAUAAUCAUCACUUCUCAUAGUAUGGAGGAGUGUGAGGCCCUGUGCACCCGGCUGGCAGUGAUGGUCAACGGUCAGUUCAAGUGCCUCGGGAGUCCCCAACACCUGAAGAGCAAGUUUGGCAGUGGCUACACCCUGCUGGCGAAGGUACACGUCGAGGCCGAGCUGGAGGAUAGUGUCCUGCUGCUUUUCAAAGACUUCAUCGAAAGCACCUUCCCAGGAAGUCAACUAAAGGAUGAGCACCAGGGAAUGGUGCACUAUCACUUGACUGACAAAACACUUUCCUGGGCCCAGGUGUUUGGCACUUUGGAGGCAGCCAAAGAGAAAUACCAGAUCGAAGACUACUGCGUGAGCCAAAUAUCACUGGAGCAGGUGUUCCUCAGCUUUGCCCAAUUCCAGCACUGCAGUGAAAGGAAGAAGUAGGAGCGUUGGGACUAUGCUGCGCGUGGGGUCAGGAUUGUACCAAUGAAUGACCUCCGAGUGCUGCGCCUGGCCAGUGACGUCAAAGACAAUGACACCACCCGUCAGAUGCGACAACCACUCUGAAUUGUGUGUUUGACUGGGUUUAUCUGUGUGUCCUUUUUUUGUUAUUUAUGAUUUUAUUGAUUUAUGUUUCCAAGAAUUUGUGCUUUUUUUUUUUUUUUCUGUGAUAAUCACAAGAGAAUGAACCACUCCACUUGAUACGUGUAUGAAAUUGUUACACACCUUUUGCGCCUUAUCUUACUAAUGAGGGUUCUCGUUUUCUAUAUAUUGCCCUAUACAAAAUGCCUGGUAAUCAUUAUGAGCCUUUUUAAUGUCGUUGUCGGAUGUAAAUAAUGUGACGUGUUCACGGUAUUAAACAACACUUGCUCAUUCGCACCAGAGCAGAGCAUUCACUAACUUAAAGACUGUUUUUUGGGCACAUUAAUGAAUGCAUGUACACAAAACAAUUUACAGAGUGCAUGAAACUGGAGGAGCAGAGGGCUGGAAACGAUUGCUAUUAAUCCUCCGAGUACAUUUAAACCGGUCCGAGUACAUUUAAUACGCCUCCCAUUGUCCAGGUCCUGUGAACCGGCGUUUCGGUUUCACUGCCAAACGGGUUACAGCGACAGUGUGUUGCCAUGUGGAUAUCCAGCCGUCACAGUUUACAGCUAUAUAGGAAAAUAAAUAACAGUUGUGUGACGCUGAAGAUUACCUUCAAAUGUUGCAGUAAAACUGGCAUGUGAUUUGAUCUGAGCCUAAAAAUAACCUUUUUAAGGGUUUUCCUUGCGAUGCAUUUCACACUGUGUGUGGUACAGAGAGUAUGGCAACAAAUAAUUCCUGAUUCCAUCCAGACUACACUAAAACAGUGCUAUGAUAGCCCUUAAAUAUUAUAGCUAAGACAUUGUUAUUGCGCAGUGGACAAACUACUGCGGUGUCAUCUUUUAAUGGAGAGCUGCUCCUUCAGGGAACGCAAUGAAAACAAACAAAAACAACUGUAAAUAGAUAGUAAAAUACUUAUAAUAGAUGUUCUGGGGAAGAAUGAUCAGCGCAAUGUUGGUUCUUUUCAUUUGGAUGUGCCACUAUGAACAUCAUUUCAGUGCGUGCCCAAUUCAUCACAAUCUUUUAGCCUCGAUUGUACUUAAAAGACGUCGUAAGAGCUUUUAUGCAUUCUGUAGGAAUAUUUGGAGACAUAUUUUAAGGAAAGAAAAAUCCCACGCGUAUUGGUUGAGAAAUGGAUUCUCAGUUUCCUGCUUUUCAUCCACGUUAGAGAUCAAAAUGAUAUUCUCAGAUGAACUUGAGGGUACAAAUGACAUUCCUGCUCUUGAACAAUCACUCUCGAGUUCAUAGAAGUGAUACGAAUGUAUUUACUGUCUUACAUGAAAGCAGAAAGCACUCAGUCAUCGGCUUUAUUAACGACUUUGUAUGAUUUGCAGAGCUUUAUUCAUGUCACCAGAUGUGUGUGUGUGUGUGUGUGAAAAAGAAAAGUGGAGGCUCACAUUCCAGAAAGGCCCAGUUAGGUGGCAUUGAAAGGAUUUAACCUCCUAAUUUAGACUUUUGUUGUUACAUUUGUUCAUGUAUUUGCACAAUUUAUUUUUUCUCAUUACAUGUAUGACUUGAAUCAAUUGCAAUGUUGGAUACGUAGAAAUGGAAAAAGUCUGCUCUGCUGAUAUUGAAGUUAUGUUGAACUAUAAUGUAUCCCAUUUAAAAAAAAUAAAAUAAAAAAAAUUACACAAUUUUAACUGUGUACUAUACAUGUACCAUGAAACUGACCAGCUGUAUGUGUCGCUAUUCUUUUAAAAUAAAUAAUGCUCAAUGCAAAUGGUAGCAAAUA